AUGGAUAUGAAUAUGGAUGAUCUGUUUGCAGAUGAUACGCCCAUGGAGGAAAGCCAGUCUGACUUGCUCCCUUCACAGAACAAGCCUUCCAUACGCCCAUCGCGAAGUGCGAUUUCGGUCACCGCGGAAUCACCCCAGACAGUCGCUGCAACCCUAUUCCGCCCGCCCCAACCACGUAACACACCUGCAUCAGUGUCUUCACGCACACCCGCUGGCCGCAACAGGGUGAAGACAUUUGCCAACCUUCUUAAACUCACCAAGGAUAAUCAGGAAAUCUUACAGAAGAUGAUUGAUAAAAGUAGUCUUAGAAGUGACCUUCUCACCUCCCUCUUUGGGCAGAACACACUGCCUGGCGAAGAAUACUUAGGAACGCUCUCGUACUUGGUUUUUGCUUGUCAAGAAGGCAGAGCGGGGGGAUCCGGGUUAAAGUGGGUAGCUGGUCGGGUGAUCCGAGAUUCUCUCAAGGACCAGGUGGCCGAGUUCGUCUUCCGGCCUGACAUUCAGGCCUUCAGCAAGAGCGUGGCCGAAGAUCACACGACCAUGUUUCAGAGCCUAGAGGUUCUUACAUUUAACUUUGUCAAGACUCUCAAGCCCGAUUUUGUAGAGGCUCACUGUCCUGGCGAUUAUAUCGCCGGUGAGGCAUGUAUUCCAGGUGCUGCGAUGUACCUGUUUGUCAAGGAGAUUCUCAAGAACCAGCGCUCCAAGGUACGCUCAGCGCUUCUCACAAACAUCCUCGGGGUUAACGAGACCAGUGUGCUCAAGGUGCCCGCAGCCAAAUCGAUGUUACUUCAGGUGGGUCGAACGUUUCUGCCCCACGUACGAGCCUUGGAGGACCAUGAGGUCUUGCCGAAACUGGGCCGUCCGACAGUGAUCAGAAUGAUUUUCAUGCGUUGCCAAUGGACGCUCAUGGACGAGGCGCUUGCGGAACUGCGCGCUAGACCCAAUAGCAAUGCAAAUUUAUACUUUGCUACAGUCCUGCGUUAUGACCGAGACGUUUUCGAUGGUAAGCGUACAUGGGCGACUAUCAAGGCGUCUGUCAAACUCCCAGCCCCUUUUGUGGAUCAAGUCCUAGCAUCUGUUCAACCCCAGAGUGGCUCCGAAGUCAUUGGUAAUGUUUUAGACGGGUCUGGUAAUCAGGCUACGGGGGAAGAAUUUGAGGAGGAGUGA